CUCUGUGGUUUAACCCACAGCGGGGCUCCUUUGUCUUUAAUAGUUGUGUAGAAAAGGGGUUGGUUGUGAUUUUGUUCUGCUGCCAUUUAUACUGAAAUCCCCCCUCCCCUGCAUAAGAGCUCUGUACUCUUUUUCAUCUGGCCCCCAACUCUAAAAAUAUGCAGGAAAUAAGACACCGACAAUGCAGUCCUUAUAUAUCACAUCUACUCCGAAGACCCAGUAAGUUCAAUGGAGCUCAUAUAGGAUCAGUGGAGUGUGUAUAGGAUUUCAGCGUAAGGAGGUUUUACUUCCAGCUCAAGACUGGCAGGUUGAUUCUACGCCAAGGCCAAUUGUUGCUGUUAUGCUUUUUAAAAAUAAUAAUAAUGAAAUGAAAUGUGACCUGUGUGGUAUGGUUUGCGAUAAGAUCCCACCUUCCCACCAUUUUUACUGUCAAGUGACCUUGACCCUCUCUUCCUCAUCCUUUCUUCCCUAAAACUAGCUACUGCACAAAAUGGAUCAUGUGAGCCUUACUGAUAAGUUUAUGAAGAUCACUGGUGGUGUAAAUCACAGAGGCGUCCGGACAGAUAUAAAUUCCAGGGCAUCUGUGAGCUGGGGGAAAAGGAAGCUUGUGUGAAAGCAGCGGUGAGGAAAGAGAGUCGACUUGCGGGUGGAAAACAGGACAGCAGCAGCAUCUCCUCGGUGCCCAUUAAAUCAUGACCGAAGUAUCAAUGUGGCAAGACUGUGAGAUCAAACGUGAGGAUUCCAUGAUGGGCUCCGGCCACAAGGACGAUAAGGGCAGCUUUGGACCUGACCCGCUAUCUCCCACCUCUCCCAUUGGCUCCCACAAGUGCCCGUCUCCCUCGCCACACAGCUCCAAAGAAGUCUGGAAGAAAGGAGGGCGUGUCUUCUCCAUUCUACUAGCCAUCAAUUUGGUGCUUCUGUCCUGCACACUGGUCAGCGGUGGGGCUUUCCAAGAAGUAAAGCUGCAUGACUAUGAUGUCUUUUUCAUGCUCAUCAUUGUGAUGCUGAUCAACAUUGCCUGGAUGCUCUUCUACAUCUUCAGAACCUCCCGGCUGCAGGGUGCCAUUCCUUGCAAGGACAACCAUGCAGGGCCCAUCUGGCUGAGAGGAGGCUUGGUCUUGUUUGCAGUCCUCUCGCUGGUAAUGGAUGCUUUUAAGACCGGAUAUUAUUCCAGCUACUAUAAGUGCCUGUCACCCAUCAGAAUAAUGUUUCCAGUGGUACAGGGUGUGUUUGUGAUCACUCAGACUGUCUUCCUCUGGAUGUCUGCCCAAGACUGCAUCCACAAGCAUCUGAAUCUUACCAGAUGUGGCUUGAUGCUCACGUUGACCACCAACCUAGCAGUGUGGAUGGCAGCUGUAACAGAUGAGUCAGUGCAUAAGGCUGAAUCAAAGAACCCAAUUGCAAAUGUUACACACAGAAUGGCUCUGUUAAUGAUGAGGGCGGCCUCGCCGACAGAAAACUGUGCCUGCAAAAGCCAACUCUGCAAGAUCUUCCAGAAUGGCUAUUACUGGCUGUACCCCUUCAAUAUCGAGUACAGCCUCUUCGCUUCCGCCAUGGUCUACGUCAUGUGGAAGAACGUUGGCCGCCUCAUUGACCCCCAUGACAACCAUAUCCACCAACUGAAGUUCAAGCUUUUCAGAAGGACUUAUUUUUUGGGCACCAUCGUGGGGUUCUUGGUCCUUGUGACGGGCAUAGCGGUCCUGAUUGUGUAUGAGAUUCAGGUAAAUUCAAAGGAAGACUCUAAGAGGACCGACCAGGUGCUCACUAUGUAUUACGGCUUCAACAUUGUUUGCCUGAGCCUGAUGUCCGCCAUCUGCAUCGCAGGCUCCAUUGUUUAUAGAUUUGACAAGAGGGACAUGGACCAUCACAAGAACCCAACCAGAACUUUGGAUGUAGCAUUAUUGAUGGGUGCAGCCUUGGGGCAAUAUGCCAUUUCCUAUUACUCUAUUGUGGCCACAGUGGCCAGUUCACCAAGGGACACUAUAAAUGCCCUCAACUUGAGCUAUUCCCUGCUGAUGCUUGCUCAACCCACUUUCCAAAACAUUUUCAUCAUUGAAGGCCUCCACCGGCAACCCCAGAAGAGGAAGACAAAGUUGACCCUCAGCAGAAGGAUAUCUAUGGGCUCACUUUUGUCAAUAUGAAUGCAGUAUCGCUCCGUGUUCCCUGAGAGUUUGAGUGCUCUGCCGCCCAGCGCACUGCCAGGGUUAGCCAUUCAGACUUCUGAAGCGAGGCGGUCCCUUAAAGC